AUGUCUUCACCAUCUAGCCGUCGUCAGCGGAGUUCGCAGGCCGGUACCCCAAGUCGAAAUACAAGAAGUUCUCAAGCCGCUCGUAGCAGUCCUGCUAAUGGCGGCCCAUCCCAAAACGGAGCGCAAGAUGGCAAUACUCUUGACAUCACUCGCCCAUCACAAUUGGCUUCAAGUCCUCUGUUUUACCAGUCAUCCCCUGCGAAUGGGAACGACAGAAGUUCUCCCGCUUUAAGACAUAAUACCGAUAGCCAGAGCACUAUCCCCAACCCCGAUGCUGCGCCUAGCUCACCGUUACGCCGUAUGGGAGAAAGCGAUGGCGAUCGCACACCGAGGGCUAGAUCACUUAUGGGUGAAUCAUCGCCCAUCCGAUACGAACCAAGCUCGAGUCCUGGUCGUGGUUUGCACCCGCAAUCCGAUCUUCGAAGCGAGAGUAGUAACUUAUUUGUCGGUCCCUCUGAUACCCCACGUGCCAAUAGGGUAAAUCGAAGAGGUGAUAUAAACUCGGAAAUUUUCAGUAGUAGCGCUCGAGGCAACAGCCGUGUUAUCUUAGACGAUGCCGGGCGUGUGGUUCGAGAAAUUCAUUCUGAUGCGGCAACAUUCUCCAACUUGAAUCCCAACACUUCCGAUGCUGAUGCUCUUGGCGGUCAAGACAAUGCAACUAUCUGGGGUACCACAGUAUCUAUCGACGACACAUAUGCUGCAUUUAAGGACUUCUUACGCAAUUUCACUAAGAAAUAUCGCAUGUGGGGUUCAGGCAUGACAACCGAACAGACAGAUGCUGAUCCCGAAUCAACCUCCAAACCAUAUUGGGAGGAACUUCAGAACAUGCUGCUCCUCGGCCAACGCAUUCUCUACGUUAACAUUCAAGACUUUAAAUUAUACCCACCCACCAGGAAAAUGUGGCACCAAAUCCAGCAUUAUCCUCAGGAAAUUGUACCGCUUAUGGACCAGUCUGUCCACGACCUUAUGAUCGAGCUCGCACAGGCAGAGACGGCGCGCCAGAGGAGCCAGAGUAAUGGGGCAUCAGCAACCCAACGUAACGGUGCCCCUAGUUCUGACAUGCAAGUCCCGAGCUCAGAGCGAAGCGAGGAGCCCCAGCAGUCUCAACCGCGUCCGCAGGGCCCUACCUUGGAAGAGAAAGUUAUGGACCAGACCUAUAGACCCGGCCCUAUGGAUUAG